AUGCCGGAUGCCGGCCCCAGCGGCCAUCUUGACCAGGCACCUCUAGGACAGCUCGAGCCGCUCCCUCAGCCACGCCGUCCCCCUGUCCUGUGCUGCCUCCUCCAAACUUACCAGGACAAUGCAAAAGCACCAACUCAGCCUGGCUCCUGUGUGACAAAUAGCACUCCUUACCCUGCAGGGAAAGAAUUCUUUGCAAUAUUUAUGCAAAAUCACAGCCCAAAGGAUCUUGCUCAACUGCAAGUGCAAGUAACUGGUGCAAAGCCAGCUACAACUGUUGAGGUUACCAUUAAUAAAUCUAAUUUCAAGCAAGAAUUUAAAGUAGGGGCAGGUGAAACAGUAAUAGUCCCCUUGAGUGGAAUUAUCGAGCUGCAUGGCACAGGGAUUUUUACCUCAACGGUAAUUGUAAGAGCUGAUGCUGAUGUCACUGUGUUAUCUUCCACUUCUAAACCCACCGGUGCUGAGUCCACAUUGCUCUAUCCCUCUAAUCAGUUGGGUGUUGAGUACGUUGUGGUCACUCCACCGUGGGGACCUUCCUGUGAAUACAAACAGUUUGCUGUAGUAGCGCAUAAUCAGUCAACAUCCAUCGACAUAUAUCUGAAACAAGACAUUCGUUUUCAAGGACGUGAUUACCUAAAGGGUCAAAAGAUCUCAGUAAUUCUGGAACCAUUUCACACUAUUCAGAUUCAAAGCCAGAAUGACUUGUCCGGGACACGAGUACUUGCUCAGAAUCCUGUGUCUGUCUUUAGUGGCCACACAUGUUCACAGAUCAAUGAAGCAUGCAAUCACAUCUAUGAGCAACUUCUGCCUGUAUCUAAAUGGGGCAAUAGAUAUUUUAUCCCAGCAUUUUCUCGUCAAGAAAAAUUUAAUGUGGCUUUAAUAACUGCCUCUAAGGACUUCAAUCUAGAUUAUAAAUUAGGAGGAGAUUCCAAGAGCAUGCCGUUAACUGCUGGACAAUUGUACCAGAUAGAAGUUCAUAAUUCCAAACCUUUAGAAAUACAGGCCAAGGAAACAGUCCAGGUUUUACUUUACAGCAAUGCCGGGGUAUAUGAUGGAAUACCUUUUGGGUCCUUCCUUUCUCAAAUACCAGAAGAAACAUUUUUCCAAAAAUCAUUUGUCAUCCAUGGUCAAGAAGACUUUGACAUGAAUGUAGUUUUCAUUAUUAUAGAGACUUCUGAAAAAGAAGGACUUCUGCUUGAUGGGAAACCUCUGGAAAGCAGGCCUCAGUGGAUUGAGUUCCCCACUUCUAAAUAUUCCUGGUCAGAGCAUAGCUUUGGCGGUGGUGUGAGUUUUCAUUCAAUGUAUCACCCAAGGGUCGCAUUUGGACUUAUUAGUGCUGGGUUUACAUCCUGCACAGCUUAUGGGUUUCUGGCAGAACCAGCCACUGAGGAAUGGGUUAUAGAAAUGGAAACUCCAAUAACGCAAGUGGAAGCACCUGAAAAUAAUCCGCAUGGGAACAAACCUUUAACAGAAGAAUGGACAGUGGAAAUUGAAUAUCCAAAUGGACCAGGGGAUGUAAUUGGCAAAUGGGGACUGGAAGUUUUGAUUCCUGAAGGAAAAGGACUGGAAGUUUUGAUUCCUGAAGGAAAAGGACUGGAAGUUUUGAUUCCUGAAGGAAAAGGACUGGAAGUUUUGAUUCCUGAAGGAAAAGGACUGGAAGUUUUGAUUCCUGAAGGAAAAGGACUGGAAGUUUUGAUUCCUGAAGGAAAAGGACUGGAAGUUUUGAUUCCUGAAGGAAAAGGACUGGAAGUUUUGAUUCCUGAAGGAAAAGGACUGGAAGUUUUGAUUCCUGAAGGAAAAGGACUGGAAGUUUUGAUUCCUGAAGGAAAAGGACUGGAAGUUUUGAUUCCUGAAGGAAAAGGACUGGAAGUUUUGAUUCCUGAAGGAAAAGGACUGGAAGUUUUGAUUCCUGAAGGAAAAGGACUGGAAGUUUUGAUUCCUGAAGGAAAAGGACUGGAAGUUUUGAUUCCUGAAGGAAAAGGACUGGAAGUUUUGAUUCCUGAAGGAAAAGGACUGGAAGUUUUGAUUCCUGAAGGAAAAGGACUGGAAGUUUUGAUUCCUGAAGGAAAAGAAAAGUGUAAAUUUCAUGAAAGUUUUUUCCCUAUUUCCCAAGGACUUGAAGUUUUGAUUCCUGAAGUAAAAGGACUGGAAGUUUUGAUUCCUGAAGGAAAAGGACUGGAAGUUUUGAUUCCUGAAGGAAAAGGACUGGAAGUUUUGAUUCCUGAAGGAAAAGAAAAGUGUAAAUUUCAUGAAAGUUUUUUCCCUAUUUCCCAAGGACUUGAAGUUUUGAUUCCUGAAGUAAAAGGACUGGAAGUUUUGAUUCCUGAAGGAAAAGGACUGGAAGUUUUGAUUCCUGAAGGAAAAGAAAAGUGUAAAUUUCAUGAAAGUUUUUUCCCUAUUUCCCAAGGACUUGAAGUUUUGAUUCCUGAAGUAAAAGGACCUAAAGGUGGGAUCCUUGGAGAAAAAGUUCUGGAAGGUCUGCUACCUGGAGGAAAUGGACUGGAAGUUUUGAUUCCUGAAGGAAAAGGACUGGAAGUUUUGAUUCCUGAAGGAAAAGGACUGGAAGUUUUGAUUCCUGGAGGAAAAGGUCCAGAAGGCAGGAUUCCCGGAGUAAAUGGGCCAGAAGCUUGGAUCCCUGAAGGAAAAGAUAUGACCACAGUUGGCAAGGAGUUUAUUACAGCAUUUUUGCAGAAUGCCAAUUCUCAAAAUCCUUCGAAAAUGCAACUUUUUGUGACUGCCAUCUCAAGUUCCACCACAAUCACUGUCUCUGUUACUGGGUCUAAUUUUAAGACUGAAAAGAAGAUUGAGAAAGGACAAUCUGUAGGAAUUGAAAUUUCGGAAUCCAUAGAGGUUUUUGGGUCAGGCACAUCCUCCAAAUCAGUGAUCCUAAAAUCAGAUGCGGAGAUUACGGUCGUUUCACAAAGUUAUAAAGAUGGUAGCACCGACAGAGCUUUGCUUUACCCAACCCGUAGAUGGGGCUUGCUGUAUUACAUCAUAACCCCUCCAUGGGGACCUGACACAGAGUAUAAAGAGUUUUCCGUCAUAGCUUAUGAUAAGACCACAACUGUCGAUAUUUAUCUCAAAGGAGGCAUAAACUUCAAAGGCCAGGUUUAUCCGAAAGGUAGCAAGCUGACAAUAGCCAUGGAGCCAUACCAAGUAGUCCAGCUUCAGAGUGCAGAUGAUCUCUCUGGUACAAGGGUGUUAGCCCAAUAUCCCGUAUCUGUUCUAAGUGGGCACACAUGCACCCAGAAAUACGGACAUUGUAGUCAUGUCUUUGAACAGCUCUUACCUGUUGAAAGUUGGGGAACUAGAUUUUUCAUCCCAAGUUUAUCCUUCCAGCCUAAUCCAGAUAUUGUAAUUGUUGGGGCCUUCAAAGAUACAAGGAUUGACUACAAAUCAGGAACACAAAAAGGAACAAAAAUGAUAGCAGAUGGGGAGGUGAUACAGUUUGAGAUCACACCAGCAUCACCUCUGACUAUGCAAGCUAAUGGUGGAAUUCAGGUUUUGUUUUAUGGAACUGGAGGGUUGUUAAACAACCAAAAACUUAUACCAUUCCUUACCAAAAUACCAGCUGAACAAGAAUAUGGCUUUAAAUAUCUACUCCUUGGGGAACCUGAUAUGGAUAGCAAUAUGGGAAUUAUCACAAUCCAGUCCUUGGGUAGGAAAGACAUGAAGAUUGAUGGAAAGCCUGCUAAAGGAAUAACUUGGGAAGAAUUUCCUGACUCAGAAUAUUCAUGGGGAGAAUACCGUUUUGGACAGAAUGCCACACCUUACCUCUCACAUCCUACAAUGCCGUUUGGUCUCCUCAGCAUUGGUUAUGGUAAUGAAUGUGGUUAUGGAUCUGUGGCCCCUUGUAUUAAAGAGGGGCAAACUGAAGAAGAGAAUCUUAUCAACCUGGAGCUUCAACAGGGAGGUGUUAAAGACGUGACUACCAUAGGCACCGAGUUUGUAACAACAUUUUUGCAGAAUCAUGAUGCCAGAGAAAAACCUCAACUAGAGCUGCUGGUUACAGGAACAUCCCCGUCCACCUUGGUAUCUGUCACUGUUAAUAAAUCUGAUUUUAAGACUUAUGUUAAGGUUGAAGAUGGAGAAACCAUUUCUAUCCCUGUCACAGAACCCGUGGAGUUGCUCGGGACAGGUCCAUCCCCAAAAUCUGUGGUCAUCAAAGCAGAUGCUGAAAUUGCGCUUGUUACACGCAAUUCUAAAGUUGGUAGCUCUGACACAGCUUUAAAUUACCCCGUACAACUCUGGGGAACGGAAUAUUAUAUUCUUACCCCCCCAUGGGGACCAAGCACUGAAUUUAAGGAGUUUUCAGUUGGCUCAUAUGAUAAACCCACGACUAUUGAUAUCUAUCUAAAAGGUGCAUUAAUAUUCCAAGGCAAGAAUUACCCCAUGAAUAGCAUGCUAACACUUACUAUGGAACCAUAUCAAAUAUUCCAAUUUCAGAGUAAAGAUGAUCUCUCAGGCACCAAGGUAGUAGCUCAAUAUCCUGUAUCCGUCCUUAGUGGGCACACAUGCUCCCAGAAGAAUGGAAAUUGUGGUCAUGUCUACGAGCAGCUUCUUCCUGUUGAAAGAUGGGGGACUACCUUCUUCAUUCCUGGCUUGUCCUUCCAGCCACUCUCAGAUAUUGUGUUUGUUGUAGCUUCCCAGGUUACUACACUACGUUACCAAACAGGAACAGAAAAGGGGCAAAAAACAGUGGCAGCUGGAGAGGUGGUCCAGUUCAAUGUUUCUUUUUCUUCUCCUCUGUUUCUCAAAGCCAGCACAGGAAUUCAAGUCUUAUAUUAUGGCACUGGAGGGACAUUACAAGGCAAGCCUUUUAAACCAUUCCUCACCAACCGACUCGAUAUGAUGAGUUUUGGCCUUGAAUAUGAGCUCAUUGGUCAGGACAAAAUAGAUAAUAAUCUGGGUAUUUUCACAAUCAAGAAUUCGGGUAUCUCCGGUCUCACCAUUGAUGAGAAGCCUCUAGAAGGUAUUGAUUGGAAGAAGUUCCCCAGCUCAGAAUACUCUUGGGGAGAAUACAGGUUGACUCGUGGCUUCAGUUUUCAUAGGGUGAAACACUCUACCGUUCCAUUCGGUCUUGCAAGCAUUGGAUACUCGAUAAAUAUGGCCUAUGGAUCUGUUGCACCCUGUCUCAAAGGGCAAAUGACGGUUGAAAUAAAACAGCCAGCGCUACCGGUGAAACAGGAACAACAGUUUGGAUCAGGAAACCCACUAGGGAGAGAGUUUAUCACUGUCUUCAUGCAAAAUUACGACCCUAAAGAGGUUCCAGAUGUUGAGUUGGUGGUGGUUGGCUCUUCACCGUCCACUGCUGUUUCUGUCACAGUGAACAAGUCUGGGUUUAAAAAAGAAGUUACACUUGCCAAAGGCCAACUGGCUUCAAUUCAUUUAAAGGGAAAUGUUGAGCUGAUUGGGACAGGCACAUUUUCAUCUUCAGUGAUAGUCCGAGCUUCAGCAGAUAUCAGUGUGUUUUCCCGAAGUUACAAACGCCUCAGCUCUGACUCAGCCUUACUUUACCCUGUGAGUGAGCUCGGAGUUGAGUACUACAUUGUCACUCCUCCAUGGGGACCCAGUAACCAGUAUACAGAAUUCUCUGUAGUUACUUAUGACAAGCCGAAUAUUAUCGAUAUCUAUCUUAAAGGUCUUGUCACUUUUAAUAAAGUGAAAUAUCCUGCUGGAAGCAAAUUUACCGUGGUUCUGGAACCCUUCCAAGCAGCUCAGUUCCAGAGCACUGAUGAUCUGUCUGGGACAAAAGUAAUGUCUAAAUAUCCAGUGGCUGUCCUAUGUGGACACACAUGUUCUAUGAAAAAUGGACACUGUGAUCAUGUGUAUGAGCAGCUGUUACCUGUGUCAAGUUGGGGAUCAACAUUCUUCAUCCCAGGCUUGUCCUUUCAAAGUAAAUUUGACAUUGCAUUUGUGGUGGCCUCACAAGAUACUACUCUGGAUUACCAAUCUGGUUCUAAAAAGGGUACUAAGCAAGUCAGAGGAGGAGAGGUCAGUCAAUUUGAAGUCAGUGUCUCCUCACCCUUGUAUAUCACAACCAGCAGCAAGUUGGAGAUCUUGUUUUAUGGCACAGGUGGAACAUUUAACAGAAAAAUAUUUGACUCAUUUUUGAUCAACAUGCCCGACGUAGAAAAGUUUGGAAACAUUUAUGUUAUAGUUGGACAAAACCUGUUUGAUACAAAUAUAGCUGUCCUUAUAACGAAGACCUCAGAGAAAUCAAUUACUAUUGAUGGUAAAUCCAUUGGUGGAAUACUAUGGAAAACAUUUCCAGAAACAGAAUACUCGUGGGGAGAAUAUAAUCUUGGAACAGGAUCUAGCAAACAUGUUAUAGAAAACAAAAAUUCUCCAUUUGGUCUCCUGAGCAUUGGAUUCUCCAAUCAGAUUGGAUAUGGCUUAGUUGCUCCAAGACUUGUGGGUGAUCCAUGUGCAAGAGCUCGAUGCCGGGCUGGAGAGAAAUGUGAAGUUAAAGAUGGCAAAGCAACGUGUUCUUACAAAUAUGUGGGCACAUGCUGGGGCUGGGGCGACCCACAUUACAACACCUUUGAUGGCUACAAGUUUGACCUUCAGGGCACAUGCACUUAUGUUCUGUCCAAGUACAGUGGAGGUGACAGUGGCCUAGUACCUUUCAGUAUUGAGGAGAAGAAUGAAUUUCGUGGGAGCAGCAUAGUUGCAUAUGUCAGAAUGGUUACUACCACUGUGCAUGGGCACACAAUUUCCAUUAAAAAGGGAGAAACACCAAGGAUUCGGGUUGAUGGAAUUUUACAAAACUUACCAGUGAUUUUGGAAGGAGGAAAAAUUCGAAUAGAGCCGAGUGGAAAAACCGCAUUAAUAAUUACCGAUUUUGGCCUGCGUGUUUCCUUUGACUGGAACUGGCAAGUUAUCGUAAAAUUACCAAGCAGCUACUACGGCCUUACAACAGGUCUGUGUGGAAACUUCAAUGAAAAUAGUCAAGAUGAUAUGAAAAAAUCAGACAACACAACAGCCCGCUCUAUCACGGAAUGGGCCGAAAGCUGGAAAGGCAACGAUAAAGACCCAUUUUGUACAGACGCAUGUGUCGGUAAAUGCCCAACAUGUGAUGAAAAGGAAAAAAGCAAAUAUGCAGGCGAAACGUCAUGUGGAAUGUUAACGAAAGACAAAGGUCCUUUUUCCAAAUGCCAUCCAGCAAUAGAUACAGAGAACUUCUUUAACAAUUGUGUCUUUGACGUCUGCAUGAACGGAGGAGCCAGACUAUUCCUGUGCCAUGCUCUCGAAGCCUAUGCUGCCGAAUGCAGAACACAAGGUGUUGAUGUUUCUUCCUGGAGGGAAAAGACAUCCUGUCCUAUGGAAUGUCCUCAGAACAGCCAUUAUGAAGCGUGUGGUACUGGGUGUCCGGCAAGCUGUGCAGACCGUACGUCUCAGGAGAGCUGCACGGAACCAUGCGUGGAGACCUGUCAAUGUAACACUGGAUUCAUUCUCAGUGGUGGCAAGUGCGUGCCUGCGACUAGCUGUGGCUGCAACUACAACGGUUUCUAUUAUGAACCAAACGAAGGUUAUUGGUCUGACGAGAGCUGCAGCUCAUAUUGUAUGUGCGAUCCAGCCUCUGGUAAAGUGGUUUGCCAAGAGAAGAAGUGCAAGUCGAACGAGAGGUGUUCAGUUGUUGAUGGAAAACGUGGCUGUUACCCGUCCGGCUAUUCAACCUGUACAUUCUCGGGAGACCCCCAUUACAUUACCUUUGAUGGAAAAAAAAUUGAUUUCAUGGGCACGUGCAUCUAUCAACUGGUGAAAGUCACCUCAACGGAUCCCUCGUUAACACCCUUUACAGUCACAGCUCAAAAUAACAACCGUGGCAAUCGAGUUGUUUCAUCUACUAAGGAGGUUACAUUUGAAGUUUUUAAUCAAACUAUCGUCAUCAGUAAAGACUAUCCCAGAAAACUUCUGGUGAACGGUAUCCAAACCCAACUUCCAUUUUCCUUUGAAAAUAACAAAAUAACAGCUUUCAUUAAGGGCGUCCAUGGAUUCAUUAAGACAGAUUUUGGUCUGACUGUGACGUAUGACUGGAACAGCUACGGUAGGGUUAUUCUCCCUAACAGCUACGCCAACUCAGUCAGCGGUUUGUGUGGAAACAACAAUCAAGACCCAAAUGACGAUCUCACUAUGAGCAUUGGUGAGAGAAACGAUAACCCAGUAGAGUUUGGUAAUAGCUGGAUGGUGGGAAAAGUCCCAGGGUGUUCCAAACAAUGUGAAGGAGAUUGCCCAACGUGCUCAGACCAGGAUAAAACCAAGUACCAGGCUGAUGAGUUUUGUGGAAUCAUUAAAAAGGCCGAUGGCCCAUUUGCCGGCUGCCAUGCUUCGAUUGAUCCGGUGACGUAUUUCAAUGACUGUGUUUUUGAUGCUUGUCAGUUUCAAGGUCAAACUUUUGCUUUCACAAGUGCCAUCGGCAGCUACGUGUCCACCUGUCAGGCUGCGGGAUUUAACAUCAAAGAAUGGAGAACAUCGGUUACAAGCCUCGUUUGCCCCCCGAAUAGUCACUACGAGCUGUGUGGGUCAGGCUGUGCCCCAACGUGCUAUGACCUCUCCUCUCCACAGACAUGCAAACCUUCUUGCACUGAAGGAUGUUACUGUGAUAGUGGAUUCAUCCUGAGUGGAGAUACAUGCGUGCCGAUUUCCCAAUGUGGUUGUGUGCUCAACGGCAAAUACUACGAAAAGGGUCGGAAAUUUUACAUGGACAGGUCAUGUGCAACAUGGUGUGAGUGCCAUGCUGAUGGACUUCUAAGCUGUGAUAACCUCCCUUGUAAUCCCAAUGAAGAAUGCAAGGUGGUGAAUGGCGCCCAGAGAUGUGCAUCAGACCGUUGUGCAAAAUGCACUGCCAGUGGUGCACACUACAUUUCCUUUGAUGGUCUUCCCUACAACUACGAAGGGACAUGUUCCUACACAUUAGUAAACUCCACUACCCAAAUCUCGCGUCUAGAGACUUUCUCAGUGAUGGUGGAAAAUGAAAAAAAAGGAAAAUUAAUUGUACCAAAACAAGUGAAGGUCUUGGUAUUUGGUUAUGAAUUUAUCAUGGAAAGGGGAAUAAAAUGGAAAAUAACGCUUAACAACCAAGUCUACAAUCUUCCAUUGAACUGCCCGUGUAAGAGAGUGUGGAUAAACCAGGAAGGGAAGAAUAUCAUCCUACAGACACACUUCGGGCUGAAAAUCCUCUUUGAUACAGAAUACCAGAUCAUUGUUCAGAUUACAGGAAGCUACUGGAACAAUGUCCGUGGACUCUGUGGGAACUUUAAUGAUGACACAACCGAUGACUUAAUGCUUCCUGAUGGAAGUUUCACCAGCACAGUGGAUACUUUUGGAGCCUCUUGGAAAAUCCCGGUGGAAGGGGUGAUAUGCCGGGAUGGAUGUAGAGAUACUUGUCUCAUUAUUAAUUCCAAAUUAGUUGCUGCAUUUGGCAAGGAGAGAUUGUGUGGAGUACUGAAAUCUAAAACUGGACCAUUCAAAGAUUGCAUCUUGAAAGUCAACCCAUCAAACUAUUUCAAGAACUGUAUCCUCGAUAUGAGCCAGGAAAAUUCACCCAGCACUCUGUGCAUGAAUGUUCAGGCGUACGUGUCCGCAUGUGAAGCGGCAGGAGGAACAAUUGAACCCUGGAGAAAUGACACAUUUUGUCCGUACACCUGCAUCAGUGGGCAUUAUGAUGAAUGCAUGCACAGCUGUGAUCAGACAUGUGCUGUAAUGACUGGAUCAAGUACCUGCACUUCAAGGUGUUUUGAGGGAUGUUCGUGCAGUGAUGGGGAGCAUUUCAAUGGAGAACAAUGCGUAUCUGGGGACAAAUGUGGCUGUGUAUAUAACGGAUUCUAUCUAAAGGCCGAAGAAUUUUUAAUAUUGCCAGGCUGUCGCAAGAAAUGCACUUGCAAAGAUGGCGGGAAUGUCGCCUGUGAGGCGUUUGCUUGUGGUGACAAUGAGACUUGCUCUGCUGAAAAAGGGAACGGUCGAUGCUUAGAAGUUUAGGAACUGAAAUGAUUACUGUCUUUUUUCCUGAAAAAAAUAAAUGUAGAAAAAAAAGAAAACAAGAAGAAAAAAGGAAA